AUGGCCACGUCCACCCUGUCGGUCUGCUCCAGCAACUUGAGCUACGGCAGCCGCGUCUGCCUGCCCGGCUCCUGGGACUCCUGCCCCGACUCCUCCUGGCAGGUGGACGACUGCCCAGAGAGCUGCUGCGAGCCCCCCUGCUGCGCCGCCCCCUGCUGCACCCCCAGCUGUUGCCAGUCCAGUGGCUGCACCCCCAGCGGCUGCGCCCCAGCCUCCUGCCUGACCCUCAUCUGCACCCCCGUGAGCGGCGGGUCCAGCCCCUGCCAGUCAUCCUGCACCAGCUCCUGCCAGCCCUCCUGCUGCAGCUCCUCCCCCUGCCAGGAAGCCUGUGGUACAUCAGUCUGUUGCACCCCUGUCUGCUGCACCCUUGUCUGCUGCACCCCUGUCUGCUGCCAGGCCUCCCCCUGCUCGGCCUCUUCAUGCUGCCAACAGUCUAGCUGCCAGCCCUCCUGCUGCAGCUCCUCCCCCUGCCAGGAAGCCUCUGGUGCAUCCAUCUGCUUCACCCCUGUCUGCUGCAAGCCCGUCUGCUUCACCCCUGUCUGCUGCAAGGCCUCCCCCUGCUCAGCCCCCUCCUGCAGCUGGCCCAGCCCCUGCUCCUCGUCCUGCUGCAGACCCUCCUCCUGCGUGUCCCUGCUCUGCCGGCCCGUGGGCUCCUGCCAGGCCUGCUGCGUGCCCGCCUCGACUCAGAAGUCCUGCUGCUGA